AUGGCCAUGUCAGGAUUUUCGAGCGGCGGAGACUUCGCCAAAAAUGCCAUUAUUCCUGAUUUCAACGCUUUGAUACCAACACGUCGAAAUUACGCACCAGAGGAAAACAACCUGGGUGUUGGUACUCCUGGUGUCGGAAACUACAGCUUUUACCCCGAACAAACCAAUCAGAUGGUACCCGCUCCUGACUGGAGUUAUGCAUCUCAGCAAUACAAUCUACCCCUCUACCAACAGCCGAGCACCAGCCAGGCCACUACAAGUUCUGUCCAACCGGAAACCAAAGAAACCAAGUUGACUCCGAGAAGGGCUCGCACGACAUAUACAUCUGAGCAAGUUUUAGAACUCGAACGAGAAUUCAGUGGAGGUAAAUAUCUCACGAGGUCGCGGAGAAUUCAUCUGGCGGAGACGCUUAAAUUAUCGGAACGACAAGUAAAAGUCUGGUUCCAAAAUAGACGGAUGAAAUAUAAGAAAAAAUGGGGCUUAUUUGCGUUGCCUGAAAUUGUGAAGAAUGAUAUAGCGGGAGAAACAACACAAUCCGAGAAUUUGAGGACCUUACCGGCACAGCUUAACCCCAAUGUUAUUUCACCAGCCACUAAUACCACACAAGUGCUUCAAGUUCCUCGAUAUUUAAUUCAACCUUCAGUGCAGUACUCACUUCCCAGUGUAAAUGGUCAAAACCCAAUCAAACGAGAAGAUCAACAGUACCAGUUUCCGAUCACUCCUGAGCCGUCCCCAGAGCGAAUUUCGUUCAACAAGUUUAAUGGCACUGGUGACCAGAUUCAACCGACCAAUGAAGGGUACCCUUAUGGUAACCUAAUGAACACCCAUGACUUUUCAUUCUAUCCUUACACGCAAUUGAUUACGUCUACUGAUGAUAGUGUGAACGGUCAAUUGUAUGAACGGUAUAACCAGGUUCCGCAGAUGCUGGAACAACACCAGAAUCCAGUGUGGCAUGGUCAGCAGGAUGUGGCUAAUGGAUCAGCAUCGUUCACUAGUUUAUGA